GGGGAAGGGAGGACGUAGAAACAGAAAGCACAACAAACGUUGUUUUUGCGGCCUAAGCGGAAUACAAUUUGUCGGGUGAAUACACGGUAAAGAUACUCAGAGAUAUGGAGAUUUUUCGCUAGCAUCAGACCCUCUGGAGCCGAUGGUGCUGCCGGUAGAACUUGAACGGACCUAGCCUAAACUUAGCAGACGACGCGUUGCGGCUUAAGCGCUGCGGUGUAGUGUGUCAGUGUCAUUGAUCUCUGGAACCGCUAUACGGUCCGGUCACGGGCCGCGUAGCCGCGGUGGGCCAAUGCGAAUACGUCUGCCGAAACGAAACGCACGAAGGCUUCAUGAUAAUAGCUACCUACGUGAUGUGGUGACUCCACUGUUUGUUUGUGGCAACAUUCAUAUGAGAUAUUGACAGAUUUAUGAGUUGCUGACCAAGACCUUACUAUUUUGUGGCAUCAGUCUUCUUGAAAUAAUUUAGGGCUACAACCACUCAUCAAGACCGUCAUUCAAAGAAUGCUUUGACUGUCUUAAACAAAGCGAAUUAGCCCUGAACAAUAACGAUGAAUAUGCGAGGGUGGUGCUGGUGCUGGUGCUGGUGGAGCUGCUGGUGGUGCGGUGCAGGAUUUGUUUUGCUCUCAUCUUCCGCAGCGGCAGCUGGUUCUGCUAGACAAUUGGAGCCUGGGGUUGGUCUUGUUUACCAUCUGACAUCCACCCUUUUGCUCAGCGAACCAAGUCUUCGAGCAAAAGAUGUUGGCUACCAAAUCACUGCUGAUGUGACCAUAGGCACAGUUUGGGCCAGCGAGACAGAUCCAAACAACAAACUAAUUCAAAUUGACGUGGCCAAACCGCAACUUCACAUUAAAUCUAGAAAAGCACCAGCACCUGAAGGAUUUGUUGCUCACUCCUCUGAAUUAGAAAAUCUACAAAAUGGACCAUAUCUUGUCCAUUGGAAUAAUGGAAGAGUCCUCCAUAUGUAUUUGGCCAAAGAUGAAACAACCUCAAUUUCCAAUCUCAAGAAGGGUAUUUCUAGUUUACUUCAAUAUCAGCUUUUGGAUAUGGAUACCAAUGAAACCGAUUCUUCUGGAGCUUGCUUUGUGUCGUACAAGAGCAUUGAUCCUACCACAAUUUUGAAAACAAAAACAGACUGUAAGUCUGUGCAGGGCACUCCAUAUUCACAGCAUACUGAUAAGGUUCUUGGAUCAACUGUCACAUCCAAAAGAGAAACACGUAUUGUUCUAGCUCAAGACAUGUCAGCACUUAAGUCUGUAGAAACAGAAGAGACUCACACAAUGACGGUCAAUGUCAGACCCGAAGCUGCUAGCCAAGUACAUGCCACUCAGCAACUCACUCUUACAGAAAACACUGUGAAGGUCUUACCUAUAAAAGCUGAUGAUGUUCAGUCUGCUGUGAGAAUAGUAGAGAAAAAUUCUGGACAGCUUUAUGUCCAACAAAAUCUCAUUUUAGAGAGGGAAAGUCUACCAUGCUCAGAUUAUUCUUGUCCCACUCUUCAGAAAAUGGUGAAAGAAAACAGAGAAGCCCUUGAUGAGAAAUACCUAGGCUCCAUUAAAUCAGCAUCAGUUCUUGUUCGUUUGCUUCCUUUUGCUAGAGAAGCGUCUUAUGAAGAGUUUAGUAAGGUUUUGAAGAAUCCAGGCAAUAAAGGAAUAUUGCUUGCACUUUGUGAUCUGGCUGGUGCUGCGCAAACACUUGCUGCUCAUGAGGCAAUUAAGAAAGCAGUUCGUCUUGAUGGUAAAGGUGAAUUAGAUGCAGCAGAACGAUAUUUAUGGGCUCUGAGUGCUGGAGCUCAGCCAAAAGCUGAAAUAUUAACUGAUAUUUUGCAGCUAAGUGAAAAAGAAUAUGAAGAAGAAAAAUUAUCUGAGACGCUUCUUUUAUCUGUAGCAGCUGUGGCUCAACAUUACCUGCGUCUUCCUAACAGCAACCCUAAGCUUGGGAAAGAGGUGUUUAAGUCACUCAGUGAUGGUUUGGCAAGAUGUGACUCUGUUGAUGAAACUUGUCGCCUUCGAUAUCUUAGAGCCUUCCGCAACCUGGCCUACCCCGACAGUGUUCCUCUCUUGUUGAACCAUGCUCUCAAUGGAACUCGUAAAACAACAGUUGCUGCCAUGAAGGCAUUGGUGGCUCUUCCCAAGGCAGCUUGGGAUUCCAAAGUUAUUCAAGCUUGUGAACGCAUUUUUCUUCAAUUGGGACGACGGUAUGAUAGCAGUACCCGGACUCUAUCUCUGGACAUCAUAUUAGAAGCUGCACCGUCGGUGAAAUUACUGGAAGAAGUUGUCUUGUAUCUCAUCAAACCAGAUCCCAAUUAUGAAGUUAAGCAGUACCUUCUUCAAAGACUGCGUCAAAUAUCAUCCAAAAAUAUAGAAUUUGGAGCAAAACUUCGUGAUAUUUUUCUGAAGGAAAAGUCUAAAUUAUUUACUUACCAUGCUUUGGGACAGAGAGGAUUGACUACUGCUUUUACUCGAUCAUUUUUAAGUAGUCCUAGUGCCAAUGGUAGCCUGAUAUCUAUUCAAGAAAUUUCUGGUGGAUUGUUGAAAAGAGGCAUUGUUGAUGUGUCGGUGGAAAGCGUAGGUGAAAGCAGCAGUAUAUUUACCCUCGGUCUUUUUGCUGGUGGUCUGUCAUCAUUCAUCUCUUCAGAUUCUGAAGGAGCUGGUGCAUCUUCAGCUGAGGUCACCGAAGAUGCCACUGCAGGCAUGGAAAUAGCUUUGUUGGGCACACAAAUCAGACCCUUUGUCUUCUUUAAUGGCCAAGGAGAACUUAUGGGCCAUGUCUGGUCUGGCACUGCAUCCACUCGUACUCCAGCAUUCCAGGCCUUAGCAUUACUUCAUGAUCAUCGAGAACUCCUCCCACUACAAACUGGUUUCAUUGCUGACAUUACACUUUUGGGAGGCAUGUCAUUUGAGCUGGCUGGAGAGGUUCAGCUUAGUCUUUGGAGCAGGAAUGCUCAUUCUACCGUGGAAAAAAAUGCCGGUUUGUCAUUGACUGGUCUGACUCGAGUUGAUUCCCAAUUUGUGAAGAGUCAAGUAGAAUUCAAUUUAGCAACAGAGCCUCGGUUAAAUCUUGUAUCUAACCUUGACUUCUACAGUGGCAUGGCUCUUUGUAUGCAACUAAAACAGCCAGACACAAUUCUCAAACAUAAUGUUUACAAAGUGGAAAGAAUUCCUGGAAGCAAACACAGGUUACGAAAGUCAAAGUACCAGGUGUUUCAUAUACCUGGUAGGACCUAUGCUCUAAACCAUAAGAAUAAUGAAAUGUGUAAUGUAAUUUUCAAGGACCAAUAAGUGAUCGCCAAAUUGUGAGAUUGUUAUAUACUUAGUGUAUUGUUGAUUGUAGCCAAGCAUAGGCACAAAUGUAUCUGUCCCUUAUAGGGGUAUUACUACUUUAUGAAUUUAGUACUGUUAAAUUUUACAUCAGCAUUUGUUACCGGGUACAAUCGUCUCGUUCUGUUUUAUAGGAGUAAAUAAAUGUCUGAUGUCUUCCAAACCUUUUUCUCAAUAGCAUGCAGUGUUUUUUAAUAUUAUUUUUUAGGAUUCCAUUUAAAUGAAGACUGAAUACAUGUAAGGUUGGCUUUUCAACUAAAGUUUUAUAAUAAUAUGAGUGUCCACUGUAUUUAAAUUAUUUGUGUUGAAAUUUUAGAAGCAGUUGAACUGAUCAAAUAUUUUGAGACUAUAAGUUCGAAAUAGUUUUAAUUCAUGUUAUGUGACCAAAAUAAUUUUGUCACAGUGUAGUUUAGUAUUACACCAACUACCACAAAUUUGCACCAAUUUUCUUAAAGAGUGAUGUUGCUAUCAGUUUGGGACUUUAUUAUGCAUAAAUGGCUGUGUCUUCAUCUCAUCCAAUUAGCUGCUGUGCUGAUGUGGGAAUGUACAGUCAUGGAAAUUUUGUCUACUUACAUAGACACAGUUGCUCAACCAAUCAUUUGUUAGGAACCGGUACUUUAACUUUUCAUCGUUCACAUUGAAAGAUUACUUGUACAAAAAUAAAAUGUGAAAGUGAUGAAAAUACUAUGAAUUUUACUUCUAUAUAGACUAAGCUUUUGGAACAGAAAUCUGAAACAUGCCAUAUCAAUGUCACCAUGUGAUGAAUCUUUUAGGAGUUGUUACAUUUAUGUUAAAAACUACAUUCCUCUCUAUGAAUAACUUUUUCCUGAAGCAUUAAAUUUUUUAUGAUGUACACGUGUUGGUUUAAUUCUUUAUGUGGGUGAGCUAAUGUGUACACACAUGUGUACACCCCAGAAUGAUGGGUUGUGAACCAUCCAGUGUGAUAGAAAUAUUUAUCUUAAGAAAACACAAUGGUUGGUAUUGAAAGUAGUACGGUAUGUUCAUUCAAAGCACAAUAAUAAUAUAUAUUAUGUAGAAAUUGUUAUGAUCAAUCUAAGGCAAUAAAUUGUUUCCAUGCCUUUGUGACUUGUUGGGUUGUUCUUUUGAACUUCCUUUUGUAAACGGAGUUUUAAGAAGGAUUUAUUUGACGUAUUAUUCGGUCAACACCUGAAUUUGACAAAGUGCGCAUGUAUAUAUACUAGUCUUCGUUAUAGUGCAAAAUUCCGAAGUUCAUUCUACAAGUGCUUUGUUUGCAUGAAGCUCUGAAACUGUUAAAGUUGUGCAAAAGUAGGAGUGGGUUCCUUGAAGUGCUGAAAUAUCUUUUCUGAAGUGGUUUAAAAACAGUUGCCUUUAACUAGUUUUCUCUUUGUAAACACAUCUGCACAAUUGCUCAACAUGUGUCUGUGUUUAUUUGAGUACUGUUAUAUUUGUAAUUUAAGCUCUUUGAAUUAAAAUUUUCCUUUU